CCCCCCCCGCGGCCUGCCCCGCCCCUGGGCCCCGCUCUCCGCGCAGCCCCGAGAUACUCAUAACUCAAGGAUUUGUCAGCUUGUGCUGUCUGAUGACUCUUAUGACGAAUACAUUGUGGUCAUUAUAUUGGUGACUUGAGUAGAAGUUGUGCAAGAAAAGGAGACAGAAGUCAGAUGAAUUCAAAGGAGUGAUAAAGUGUGGCGGAAAAAGAGAAGCUGUGGUUGCUUUCCUGGUCCGCAGUUUGGCGGGGCACUAAGAUGUCUGUGGACAUGAACAGCCAGGGCUCUGACAGCAAUGAAGAGGAUUAUGACCCUAACUGCGAGGAGGAGGAAGAGGAUGAGGAUCCUGGGGAUAUUGAGGAUUAUUAUAUUGGGGUAGCUAAUGAUGUGGAGCAGCAGGGAGCAGAUGCCUUUGAUCCAGAAGAAUAUCAGUUUACCUGCCUGACUUACAAGGAGUCGGAGAGCACCUUGAACGAGCACAUGGUCAGCUUGGCCUCCACAUUAAAGGUGUCUCAUGCAGUUGCUAAGCUUGUAUUAGUUAGUUUCCACUGGCAAGUCUCAGAGAUUUUGGAAAGGCACAAGUCCAAUUCUGCCCAGUUGCUAGUGGAAGCACGAGUUCAACCCACCUCAUCUAAACAUACAAUGGUACAUUCCUCCCAUCACUGUGCAGUGUGUAUGCAGUUUGUGCGAAAGGAGAACUUACUCUCUCUGGCUUGUCAGCACCAGUUUUGCCGUAGCUGCUGGGAGCAGCAUUGUACAGUACUCGUCAAGGAUGGUGUCGGAGUUGGGGUCUCCUGCAUGGCUCAGGACUGUCCACUUCGGACACCAGAAGACUUUGUGUUUCCACUGCUGCCUAGCGAGGAGCUGAAAGACAAAUAUCGGCGCUACCUUUUCAGGGAUUACGUGGAGAGCCAUUACCAGCUGCAGCUGUGUCCUGGUGCAGACUGCCCCAUGGUCAUACAGGUACAGGAGCCCAAAGCUCGACGAGUGCAGUGCAAUCGAUGCAAUGAAGUUUUCUGUUUCAAGUGUCGGCAGAUGUACCACGCGCCCACAGACUGUGCCACCAUCCGGAAAUGGCUCACCAAGUGUGCAGACGACUCUGAAACAGCCAACUACAUCAGUGCUCACACUAAAGAUUGUCCCAAGUGCAAUAUCUGCAUUGAAAAGAAUGGAGGCUGCAAUCACAUGCAAUGCUCCAAAUGCAAGCACGACUUCUGCUGGAUGUGUCUGGGGGACUGGAAGACCCACGGUAGCGAGUACUACGAAUGCAGUCGGUACAAAGAGAAUCCUGAUAUUGUAAACCAGAGUCAGCAAGCACAGGCCAGGGAGGCCCUUAAGAAGUACUUGUUCUAUUUUGAGCGGUGGGAGAACCACAAUAAAAGCUUGCAGUUAGAGGCACAGACAUACCAGCGAAUUCAGGAGAAGAUCCAGGAAAGGGUGAUGAACAACCUGGGAACAUGGAUAGACUGGCAGUACCUGCAGAACGCUGCAAAGCUGCUUGCAAAGUGUCGUUACACCCUGCAGUACACAUAUCCGUAUGCCUACUACAUGGAGUCUGGCCCCAGGAAGAAAUUGUUUGAAUACCAGCAGGCUCAGUUGGAAGCUGAAAUAGAAAACCUCUCCUGGAAGGUGGAACGAGCGGACAGCUAUGACAGAGGGGACUUAGAGAAUCAAAUGCAUAUAGCAGAACAGAGGAGGAGGACCUUGCUUAAAGACUUCCAUGACACAUAAGGCGGAAGGAGGUGGUGAGGUGCAGGGGUGAGAGCAGCAAGCAAAGUGACAGUGGCUGCCUCGAGAGAAAUGAGCACUGCCUGUGGGAGAACCCGGCCAAGGACAAAACCAUCCCCUCCCCUUGCAAAACAGACACGUGCAAACGCCCCAUCUUACUCCCUUUCUGUUUUUUAUCUUUCCGCUUUUCAUUUCUGCCAGGCUAGAGGCUGGAGUUCAGAUUGGCAGCGUUCAUGGGAUGUUUCCUCCUACCCCAGAUGGCUUUUGAGAGAGGGAAUUUUUCUGAAUGGCUGUUAAUAGUAUUAGAUCAUUACAAUUUAUGUAAUUUUCAACGGUUGUACAAUUAUACAAACAAACCCUAGAAUAACACACAACCUUUUUUAAAAAUAAAUUGGCAGUGGAGUGUUUUUCCUUAAUAA